GUGAUGGCUUACGUGGUUCAAGAAGUUUAUUGAAGUGGCAAUUGGGCAGUGGCAUCAUCUUUAGAUUCGGCUUUCAAUCGGCUUGCUUUUGAAAUUGGUGACAGCGAAAGAGGAUUUUUCAACUAAUUUAGCUAUGAAGAACUGGCUUUCUUUUCUUUUUCUUAGUUCGUAUAUCGCUGUCGUAUAUUCUGAUAGUAGAAUAGCUAAAGCCAGAGUUGAGAGCUGCGGCGGAUGACGUUUGAAUAGGCUGCCGGAGGUGAAGCGGUUCAUAUACCGUGACCUCCCUUUAUUCCAUAACGCAGAAUUCAAACAGAUUGGUGGAGCAAGUCCUGAACUUAUUUUUUUGAAUAAAGAUGGGCAGGAAAUAGAAAGAAUUCCACUAAGUGAUAAGAACCAAAUUGAAUGCCGUGAGUUGUUACUCAAGAAAGGUUUUUACAUGAAGAAGUCAGAAGAAGAUGAAGUACCAGAAGAAUUCAAAGAUUCUCCGUAUAGUGCUCAUGUGGAACUUUAAUCGAGUCCAAUUUAGCCUCAUUUGUUUCACAAAGACUGUGCACAAGUUAAUUGUACGAAAUGUUAAUGUGAUAUAUUUGGACUUGUGUUAAUUGAGGAAUAGGUAACUGGAUUCAUUUGAUUCUUUUAUAUAUAUAAUUCAACUGUUUGUAAAUAAUGUGUAUAGAAAAAACAUUUAUUGCAAAACAUUUCUGUUUUGGAAAUAUCUGUGAUUUUGUUCCAGCACAUUCAUCCAAAAAUUCUUUUGAUAAUUUGUUUUAUUACAUCAUGCUGUUAUUUUAGCAGCCAGUGAAAAUUUUAAAAUUACUGGUUAUAUUUUAAUACCAAAGUUUGUGUUAAAAAAAAAUAUAUUGUAAAUAUAAAUGCAGUUUAUUAAUCUGAGUUAAUAUGUAAUGUUAGACUGUGAUUUUUAAUUACUUCCCAUAUUUAACUGCCUGAGGUAUUUUGUCUUGAAAAAAUGCUUUUUUUAAAGACAAAAUUCAUCCAACAAUUCUGUGUUUACAAAUUUUCAUUAUAAUAUUAAUCUAGAAGAAAUAUAACCAUUAAUUAUUAUUGAUACAUAAUUCAAUAUGGUCAUAUUUCUUAUAUCUUUCCCCCCCUUGAUUUGCAAUAUAGUUGCAGAAACAAAAUGUUAACAUUGUGAACAUUGAAAAAUGUAAUGCAUUACCUGUAACCCUCAAAUUACUCUUGAUCUGUUAUAAAAUUUCAGUGAAACGUUGAGCAUAUAUUUAUAAUCUUAAGUUGUGCAUCAAUUUGUCAUAAAAUUUAUGCAAAAAAUUAAAUAUUUGUUCAAAAUUUCUGUAUUAGCCAUAAGAGAAUGACGAUGUUGAUUAAAAUUAUAAGGUCUUCAUCUGAUGAUAGCUAAUGUAUGCUAAUAUAGAAAUUUAACAUAUUUUUUUCUGUAUCAAAAUUUUAUUGGCAAUUAAAAUUCAAGUACA